UGAAUGAAUGAAUGUGUGGAUGAGUGAGUGACUUUAUUGGACGUUGGAACAGAGAUCUGCACCAGAAUUCGGGUCCGACCCACCACUACACCGGACCCAGUUCUAGAACGCGGCAGAAAGAGUCUCAGAGAGAGAGCGCCCUGGGUGUAAAACGAACGCGGUGCAAACCCGAUUCCGGAACCGGCGCCUUUAAGCUGACUAAUAACAAAAAUAAAUAAAGAAUACAAAGCAUGGAUCUGUUCGGAGACUUACCAGAGCCAGCUGCAGAGGGGGCUAAGGAACCGCCCGCCGCCGAAGACGCGGAACCCCGGGAAGAUCAGCGCGGAGCGAAGAGGAAAGCGGAGCCCAACGCUGACGAUCAUGACGAGCCCGAACCCCACACAGCAGAGCCGGCCCUGCUGGAGCUGCGAGCCUUCGUGUCGGAGCGGAGGGGCGAACGCGACGAGAUGCAGGACGCCCACACGGUCAUCCCAUCUCUCACGGAGCGACUGCCCCGCGGAGUCUCACGCCUCGCCUACUUCGCCGUCUUUGACGGCCACGGCGGCUCCCGUGCCUCCUCCUUCGCCGCCCGUCACCUCCACCAGCAGCUGCUGCUGUGCCUGCCCCAGGGAGCGGUGUCCGACCUGGACAAGGAGAUCCGGAGGAGCCUCAGGGAUGCAUUCAAGCAGACGGACGCCGCUUUCCUCAAGCUGGCAUCCAGCCAGAAGCCGGUGUGGAAGGACGGCACGACGGCCAUCUGUGCUCUAAUCGUCGACAACGUCGCCUACGUGGCCAACCUGGGGGACAGCAGGGCCGUGCUGUGCCGCGCCGCGGCGUUGCCGGGCUCCCAGGCCGUGCUUGCCGUGCCGCUGAGCCGCGAGCACAGCGCGGUGCAGUACGAGGAGCGCAUGCGGCUCCAGCGCGCCGGCGCCACGGUAAGGGACGGUCGAGUGCUGGGCGUGCUCGAGGUGUCUCGGUCGAUCGGCGACGGGCAGUACAAGCGGUGCGGUGUCAUCUCGACGCCCGACAUCAGGCGAUGCCAGCUCACGGCCAACGACAGGUUCCUUCUGCUGGCGUGUGAUGGUCUCUUCAAGGCGUUCACCGCUGACGAGGCGGUCUCCUUCAUCAACAAGAGCCUGGAGGUUCCCGAGGGGUCCUCCUCGUCGUCCUCGUCGUCCUCGUCUGCGCGUGCCGAGCGCUGGGCGAGUUCGUGCGUCCGCGUGACCACCGAGGCGGUGCGCCGGGGGAGCGCCGACAACGUCACGGCCGUGCUGGUCCAGCUGCACUCGCCCCCGCAGUGACGUCAUCGCCGGUGACGCCCCGCCCCCGCAGUGACGUCAUCGCCGGUGAUGCCCCGCCCCCGCAGUGACGUCAUCGCCGGUGAUGCCCCGCCCCCGCAGUGACGUCAUCGCCGGUGACGCCCCGCCCCCACGCAGUGACGUCAUCGCCAGUGACGCCCCCCCCCCCGCAGUGACGUCAUCGCCGGUGACGUCCCCCCGCGCAGUGACGUCGUCGCCGGUGACGUCACCGACAACGUGGCCGGCAACGUCACGGCCGUGCUCGUCCCAGCUGCGCUCGCCCCCCCCGCCAGUGACGUCAUCGUCGUCGACACACACGCGCACACACAUAGACACACACACAGACAUCGGUACGCACACACACACAUAGAUACACAGUCACACAGACAAACAAACA